AUGCAAACUAAACCAAACCAAUUUGAAUUUAAUACUCAUUUAAUAAAAUUCUUCUAUUAUCAUUGUUAUUCUAAACGAUUUAUUGAAUUUCUUCCAUUUCAAGUUUAUGGAUUAGCUAGUGUUUAUUCUUACCUUCAAAUUCAUAAGAAUGAAUUUGUUAAUACUAAUUAUUUAGAAGGACCAAUUGAAAUUCCAUCUACAAAAAUACAUUUAAAUAAUCUCUUUUCAUCUAUAAUUAAUCCUUACACUUAUAAUUUCUUUACUUUACAGUCAUUACAAUCAAAAUAUUCUCUUGAAUUCCAUCAUAAUUUAGUAUAUUUUCCAUUAUAUGAUGGAAUGUUAAAUAAUUAUACAUCAUUAACAUCACUAAAUUUAUCUAAUAAUCAUUUAACUUCAUUUCCACAAGAAAUUAGUGUUCUUACUGGAUUAAUUAGUCUUAAUCUUCAAAACAAUCAUCUUGUUGUUAUAGAUGAAUCAAUUACUUCAAUUUCUAAUUUAAAAAAUCUUAAUUUGGCUAAUAAUGAUAUUUGUCAUCUUCCUAUGUUACAACAUUUAUCACUUGAUUCUCUUAAUAUCUCAUAUAAUCCAUUAGUACGACUUCAUGCUCCAUCACUUCAAACCUUUGUUAUUUCAGGGUUUUCUUCAAUCUUUCCAAUAACAAUUCCUUCAGUACAAAGAGUUAUUGCUCAUGAUUGUUCAAGCUCUUUUUUAAACUUCAUUAUUAAAACAUUACCAAUGAUUAAAUUCUUAUCUAUUAAUUCUAUUACUAAACAAGAACCAUUACCAUCUAAUAUUACAUCAUUAACUACUCUUGAAGAUUUAAGUAUUACUGAUUGUGGAUUAGAACGACUUCAUUAUGGAUUUCAAGGAUUAACAAAUUUAACAUCAUUAAAUUUAAAAAAUAACAAAAUAACAUAUUUCCCAAAACAAAUGAUUUCUUUAAAAAAUCUCAAAGUAUUAUCUUUAAUAGGAAAUCCAUUAAUAUUUUAUCCUCGUUCAUUAGAACCAUUUUGUGAUGUUUCACUUCAACAAUUAGAAAAAAAUAAAAAUAAUCCUGAACACAUUAACGUUGUUAUUACUGGUAGUGAUACAAUCAGAAAAGAAAUAAUGUCUUCUAUUGCUGUAUUAAAUGGUACAAAUUAUUCUUCAGGUAAUUUAGAACAUAUAUCAUUAACUUAUAAUGGAUCUUCUUUUGACGUAGAUUUUAUUUCUGUAGCUCCAGAUAUAUUUGAAGAACAAUCAUAUAAAUAUUGUUAUAUUGGUAUGAUUUUUAUUUGUGGAGAACAAGAAACAGGCAAACGUAUUAAAAAAAUAAUUGAACAAUCAAAUACUGACCAAAAAGUAAUUGAUUUAAUUCAAAAGAAGAAAUCAAAUGGUGAAAUAGAAGAGACAAAUUUAAAUAUUGAAGAAGUAAUAGAACAAGUUAUAAAAAAUAAACUUAAAGAAACUACUGUAGAUCAUUUACUUCAUGAAAUUAAGUCAUUUGAAUAUAAAAAUGGAAUUCUUAGAAUAUCAGAAUUAUGUAAUAUUUUCAGAUAUUUUGAAAUACCAAAAGAAAAUGGCUCUAAAAUGAUUAAGUCUUUAAAAAGAAAAGGUGUAUUUACUCUGGAUGGUUAUAGAUAUUGUCUAGUUGAUUAUUCUAUAAUGGACAAAAUUAGAAGUAUCUUGGCAACUGUUAAAACCAAAAAUGGAAUUGUUUCUGUUAUGACCUUACAACAAUCAUUGUCUGUUUCUUCCUAUUCUCUUCAUUUUAUUUUACAUUUAAUGCAUUCUCUUCAUGUUAUAUUGUUAGUUGAUGAAGAGUUCUUUAAAAAAAUGAAUAUCCCAAUGUCGUAUUUGAAAUAUUAUUCAGACCAUGUAUUAUCAAAUGGGUGCCCUAACUCUCUUUCAUCAGACCAAUCUCCAAUAACUAGUCCAGGACUUAACCUAUCCUCUUUAGAAAAAGAAGACUCUGAAAAAUCAAAUUCCAGUUUAAUACACCAAACUCAUUCCAUUGGACCAACAAGGAAACCAAGAGCUUCUUUUUCCAUUGGAUCAAAAAGAAUGUCACUUAGGACACUUCCACUCCAAACUGAAUCUUCUAUAUCUUCUCCACAUAAAGAUAAUGUCUUAAAUUCACCUCGUUCAGAUACAUCUACAGAAGAUCAGCAACAAUCAAAUUACUUAAUAUUUAAUACUAGUUCAUUAACAGCUGGAUUUACAAUAGAAAAUUUCUGGCCAUCUAAGUACCAUAAAAUGGAAUUAGAAAUUGGUCGAGUUUAUGAAUUUUCAUUAAUGCCAAGAGAGAUGUAUGUAAAGUUAUUAGCUUAUCUAUCUAUUUAUUACAAAAUGAUCGUUGUUUGGAAAAGAGGAAUUAUAUGUUCAGAACGAGUAGACUCUGGAGAUAUAUUUAUGUAUUUUGUAUUUUCUCAAUCCCGUCAAAAACUAUCAUUAAGAUUAAGAUAUCUCAUGGGAGAUGAUAUGACAUUAGAAUCAAUGAAAUUAUUUAGAGAAAUAGAAUAUUUGUUAACCACUUUAUCAAAUAAAUUUGAUAUACAAUAUGAUGUCCAUAUUAUGUGUAGUUGUUGUAUUACAAAAGACAAACCAUUCUUAUUCAGCAAAGAACAAAUUAAAAAAUCAAUUAAAAAUAAGGUAUUUGAGAAAAUUGAGAGUGAAAAUCAAGAGCAUUAUGUUGUUUUACCAUUAUUUGCUCUAGACCUCUUAUUUAUGUAUUUAAAAGAAGUCGUUGGUCAUUGUCUUUCUGUAAAAGAUGUUCACCAAGAAAAGGUAUUAACACGAGGAAGUUCAUCAAUUAUAUCAAUUGGACAUAUUGGAAAUGAUACAAAAAAGAAGGUUGUAAUAAAAGAAAUAAAUGUAGAUAUUAGUAUGUGUCAUAUGGAAGGAAUUAAGUCAUCUGUUGAAGAAUAUUUAUUAAGAGUUGGAGAAUUUGUACAUGAAGUUUAUUCAAUUCAAUUUCAACCAAACGAAAAUCUUGCAAGAGUUUAUAAUUAUGUUGAAUGCCCAAUGAUGAUUAUUAUGGAAUAUUUUGAAGAUGGUAAUUUAUUCGAAUAUAUAGAACAUUAUCCAUCUUUGAGUUACGAAGAAGUUAGAGAUGUUGGUCUUCAAAUUGCAAACGGAAUUAAACAACUUCAUCUUAUAAAACAUAUUCAUCGAGAUUUAAAAACACCAAAUAUAUUAGUAGAAUUAGAUUCAAAUAAAAAAAUAAAAAGAUGUGCUCUUACAGAUUUUGGAGAAACUAUUCCAGAAGACCAAAGUGGACCAUGUAAUGUUGUUGAAUGUCCGUAUUGGCUUGCUCCAGAAGUUAUUUUAAAUAAUCAUUUCACAGAAGCUAGUGAUGUAUUUUCAUUUGGAAUGAUCUUAUGGGAAUUAUAUUGUUGGAGUCAUCCAUUUCCAGAUGUUAAAAACCUUAGUGUAGUUAGAGAUAUGGUUGCUUCAUAUACAAUGCCUGAAAUUCCACAAAAAGAUGUUCUUUUAUCCAAAAUUAUUCAUUCAUGUUGGGAACAUGAAGAAUAUCGAAGUGAUAUUUUUACAGUUGUAGCACAAUUAGUUGACACACAAAAUUUUUCAAAAUCUAUGACUGGAGAAUUAGGACGAUUUAAAUUAUUAAAAACAAGAAAAUCUAGUGAAGAUCCAAAGAAAAAAACAUUUUUUAAAAGUUCAUUAAAUCUUACAUUUUCAUCUUCUAAAUAA